AGCAUUCAGACUCUGGAAUGAAGAAGUUGAAAUUCAGAGGAGCUGAGUCCAUACUACCCUUACAGAAUAGGCAGGUGAAGAAUUCUCCGCAGGAGUGGCCUGCCUUCUGUUUUCCUGCCAGCUGGCAUAGCGUCCAGUCCAAGUGCAGUGCUGUUUCUCUUUGUGUACCAGAGAUGUGUCGAAUCCCAGCUCUGCCCAGAGCAAGGCGGUGAGUGUCCAGCACCACCUAAUCCAGAGAGGGAUGGAGUCAGCCUGCAGAAGUGGAAAGACGCGGAAUCACGCUCCAGUGGGCUGUCGCGCUGCAAGUUUCUGAGCAUUUUUAUUUUGUCAUUCUGGAUGGGAACAUUUAAGAUACUCUGUGGGGGAGUACGAAUCAGACAUAUACAUCAGACAUACGUGAGACUUUCAUUCUUCUUCUGCAGGAUCUUGCUGCCCCUUGGGCUGAGAUGCAGAACUGGAGAACCAAAUGUGGCAAAAUUUCACUUGUGACAUCCUUUGUCAUUAGGGGUGCAUUGCAAAACAUGCUGAUUCUUUGAGGAAUGACAGGUGAGUUCUGUCAUUUAUUCUUUGCUCCAUACAGAUGAGGGAUGUGUUAAGAGAAGUGGUGUAACAGAAAUGUACGUCAUGGAAACAUUUUCCAGGCUAUUGCAGAAAGAGUUGUCUUUGAAACAUUGAUUAAAUUUGGAUCUUUUCUCACAUCAUGGUUAUUUUAGAUCAUUUUAUGAUGUCUGUGACUAUAUCACUGAGAGAAUGGAAAAGGAACCAUUCCUCGAGUGUUUAAGAAACAAAACGUUGCUACAAGUGUAUAUCUGUGUGUACAGGUUGGCAAGAGAGCAAGGAAGAACUGACUUUUUAUUUUCCUUCUGUAGGCUCUGUAUCCUGAGCAGUUUGUUUCCAAAAAUCCAGGACAAAAUAAUACUUUUCCUAUGCAAAUAAUAUUUCUAUAAUUAAUUAUAUUACUUAAUUUGUUGUGGGCUUGGUUGUUUUGUUGUUUGGGGUUUUUUUAAUAAUUCAGAUCUAUUUUUCCCAAACACUCUAUACGCCUGAGACAAAGCAUUGGCCUGGCCGCCCAGGACUGCAGGACAGGGUUGCCAUCUGGUGGCAACCACGCAGCCCGGAGCAGGAGUGAGCAGGCUCAUACAGGAUGACCCAGGCAGGAGAGAUUUUGGGCAGUGGGACCUAACCUCUGAAGUCCUGGAGACGCUGGAUGCCAACAGAUGGACUGCAAAAGGAAGGGUCAUCUCCACACAGGCAAGCUCAUGCCAGAGUCAACCUGGAAAAGGAGGGAGAAAAUGACUAGUUGUCUACAAAUGCAGUGGGAGUCUGAACUGGUCCUUCCAGGAGGACAAUGUCAAAUCUUGUGUCAAGAUCAUGCAGAUUCAGCUCACGUUCAGAAGUGGCUGUCAGAUACAAUAGUUCUAAGGAUGAUGCGAUCUCCAAAGCCAUGGUAAGAGAGGAAGCAAUUCUGAAGAAAGCCCACGUUCCGCUUUCACAUCUCGUUGUACCUAUACUCCUCGCAGUUGGCUGGAUAGUGGGCUGUGCACUAAUGGUUUACAUUGUCUUCUCUUGAUGGAAGACAGAAGAAUUUACAGUGAUGUUGAUUAGAAGAACCUGGAUAUUAAAUUGACAUUUCAAAAUUUCUAAAUUUCUAAUGUGUUAUAAAAUUAUUUGGUUUUAAUGUCAACAUUGCGAACACGGUGUACACUUUUUGUCCAUAACCAAAGUUUGAAAUGUGAAUUAGAGCAUUAGGAAGAAUCAUCAAAACAAUUUUUCAGGUUUCAAAUGGUUUGUAAUUGAUGGAGCGGUUUCUGGAGUCCAGCGGUAGGUCAGAUACCUGCCUGCAUUGUUGUUGCCACCUUGAAUUGAAGCAGUUUUGGAAACUAUUCCCAGAGUUAGUGAUGCAGCGCUGGACAAAAAAGUGAGUUAAGCUCAUUUGUAAGAUGUGCUGAGCAGGGGAAGAAGUAUCUCAAUGUAUUUGGGAAAGUAUUAAGUGAGUUAAGACAUUUUUUAAGUUUUGUAGUAAAAAAUAAAUUACUAAAUUUAAACCAUCA